CACAGGGUGAGGGUAUCCACCCGGCAUCAUGGGCACUAGAGCGACAGGAGUAACUAAGGAUAUGGCUAAGGGAGUUAUUCUCAGCGUCACAGCAGCCUUUUUGGUUGCCGUGGCUGUGGCCCAAGACAUCGAUAUAUCAUGUGGAGAGUGUGACAGGUCGCUAUGUCCUGAAGUGGAAGAUUCUUGCCUAGGAGGCUUACUGCUGGACACGUGCGGGUGCUGCCAGGUGUGUGCCCGGGGUCUUGGCCAGCUCUGUGAGAACCAAACCCUCAACAUUCCCUCCCCUUCACAGUACGGCAUCUGCGGGGAAUACCUCGUCUGCCUCACCCGAACCGACACUGGCAAUACAGGUGAGGCAACUUGCCAGUGUGAGGACGACGGUGUGGUAUGUGGUUCAGACGGUGUCACCUACACCACCCUUUGUCACCUGCUGCAGGACACUACAGAAAAGCCUGAUCUCCAUGUUGCUGUCAGGGGCCCUUGCGAAGCAACCCCUAUAAUCAAGUCCCGAUCAGAGGAUAAGAUACGACCAUUGGGUAGCAUCUUGGUGCUGGAUUGUGAGGCUUUUGGUUAUCCUGUUCCUGAGAUUACUUGGGAACUCAACCGCCCUGAUGGUUCAUCAGUCAAAUUGCCAGGAGAUGACGCCUCUUUUGCUGUUCAAGUUCGUGGAGGUCCCGAACCCUAUAUGGUUACUGGAUGGGUUCAGAUCAUGCGUGUUACUAAGGAAAGCCUUGGUAUCUACACUUGCGUGGCAACUAAUACUGAGGGAGAAGUCCGUGCCUCUACAACUGUUUCUGAAGAGAAACAUGGUGAAAAAGAAGCUACAGUGCAAGAACUGUAACCAUCUAAAUCAGCGUCGAGACAGGCACGAUGUCAGCUGUAACACUGCCAUAGUAUUUAGUUUUCUUAUCUGCACUGGCAUCUUACCAUUCAUUUUAAAUGCUUUCAUGUCUCAUAAUAACUGAAAUCACUACUGUAUACAGUACAUAUGUAUCGAGUAUAAUUUUACUUAAUGACGAUAUAAAUCAGAUGUACAUUGCAGUAAUAUAAUAUUGGAACUUCCAUGACUGAAUGGCAUCAAAAGGAGUACAGUUUAUAUACCUAUAUUUCACAUUUGAUGUCGACUUCAAAAUUACACCUUGUUAUAAGUUUGGACAUAUUAUUUGAAUGCAUAACUGGUGAAGUCACUAGGCUAGCAUUAACUAUGAAAAUACUUACACUGGUAUCAUUACUUUUAAUGUGAAAAUGUGAGCUUUGUAUUGUUGUUUAAAUGUUUAAUAAAUUCUAGAAACUGAA